AUGUCUGACAAUCCAGUCCACACCGAGGGCUUGGCAAGCGAGUCCUUGGCUCUGCUGAUGCAUUUUCUAUUUGCGGUGCUGACACACACGCCUUUCAGACCUGCCUCCAUAGCCCUGAAAACUCUCCUGGAGAAAUCUCCCCAGAAGCUCGGGCUCCGGGGGCAUCUCUGGGGGCCCUCUCCGGGGGGCAUCGGGGGCAUCUCUGGGUGCAUCUCCGGGGGCAUCGGGGGCAUCUCCAAAGCAAUCGGGGCCAACUUUGGGGGCAUCUCUAGGGGCAUCGGGGGCAUCUCCGGGGACAUCUCUGGGGGAGGGGCCUCUCUAGGGGCAUCUCCGGGGGCCUCUCCGGGAGGUCUCUCCAAGGCCGUCUCUUGGGGUAUCUCCAGGGGUAUCUCCGGGGGCAUCUCUAGGGGUAGCUCCAGGGGCCUCUGCGGGGGGCAUCUCUCGGGGUAUCUCCAGGGGCAUCUCUGCCAGCGUCUCCGGGGGCAUCUCCGGGAGGCCUCUCCGGGGCCAUCUCUUGGGGAAUCUCCAGGGGGAUCUCCGGGGGCAUCUCCCGGGGCAUGCCCCAUCCCCCCGAUCCCCGGGAGCCCCGGACCGCGGGCCCUCGCCGCCGGGGGCCCGGCCCCCUCCUCCUCCGGCAGCCCCGGGGCCGCGGGCCCGAGGAGACCCCCGCCCGCGGCCCUCAGGAAGAGGGGCUACGACAUCACCCGCAACCCCCAUCUCAACAAGGGGAUGGCCUUCACCCUCGGAGAGCGGCUGCAGCUGGGGAUCCACGGCCUGCUCCCGCCCUGCUUCCUCAGCCAGGACGUCCAGCUUCUCCGCGUCAUGAGAUACUACGAGAGACAGCCCUCCGACCUGGACAAGUACAUCAUCCUCAUGACCCUCCAGGAUAGGAACGAGAAGCUCUUCUACCGGGUGCUCACGUCCGACGUGGAGAAGUUCAUGCCCAUCGUCUACACCCCCACGGUGGGCCAGGCAUGCCAGCAGUACGGACUGACCUUCCGUCGUCCACGGGGACUCUUUAUCACCAUCCAUGACAAAGGCCACAUCGCCACGAUGCUGAACUCCUGGCCCGAAGACAAUAUUAAGGCGGUGGUGGUGACGGACGGGGAGCGGAUCUUGGGCCUGGGGGACCUGGGGAGCUACGGCAUGGGCAUUCCGGUGGGAAAGCUGGCCUUGUACUCGGCCUGCGGUGGCAUCAACCCGCAGCACUGCCUCCCCGUCCUCUUGGACGUGGGCACCGACAACCAGGAGCUCCUGCGGGAUCCCCUGUACAUCGGACUGAAGCACAGGCGGGUGCGUGGGGAGCCGUACGAUCAGCUGCUCGACGAGUUCAUGCAGGCGGUCACCGACAAGUAUGGCAUCAGCUGCCUCAUCCAGUUUGAGGACUUCGCCAAUGCCAACGCCUUCCGGCUGCUGAACAAGUACCGCGACCAGUACUGCAUGUUCAACGACGACAUCCAGGGGACGGCGUCCGUCGCUGUGGCUGGCAUCCUCGCCGCGCUCAGGAUCACCCGGGACAGACUCUCCGAUCACGUCUUCGUGUUCCAGGGGGCCGGAGAGGCUGCAAUGGGUAUCGCCCACCUGCUCAUCAUGGCCUUGGAGAAAGAAGGGGUCCCGCGGGCGCAGGCCGUCCGCAAGAUCUGGAUGGUGGACUCCAGGGGCCUCAUCGUCAAGGGAAGAAGCCACCUGAACCCCGAGAAAGAGCCGUUUGCUCAGGACCACGCCCAGGUGAAGACGUUGGAGGAGGUGGUGCGGGCCGUGAAGCCCACCGCCGUCAUAGGCGUGGCCGCCGUCGCCGGAGCCUUCACGGAGCAGAUCCUGAGGGACAUGGCGUCCUUCAACGAGCGACCCCUCAUCUUCGCCCUCAGCAACCCCACCAGCAAGGCCGAGUGCACGGCCGACCAGUGCUACCGCCUGACCGAGGGCCGUGGGAUUUUCGCCAGCGGGAGCCCGUUUCCUCCGGUGACCCUCGAGGACGGACGGACGUUCGUCCCCGGGCAGGGAAACAACGCCUACGUGUUCCCGGGCGUGGCUCUGGGGGUCAUCUCCUGCGGCAUCCGCCACAUUUCCGAUGAGAUCUUCCUCCUCACGGCAGAGCACAUUGCCCAGGAGGUCUCCGAACACAAUCUGGCCGAAGGGAGACUCUACCCACCCCUCAACUCCAUCCGGGACGUGUCCCUGCGCAUCGCCGUCAAGGUGAUGGAGCACGCCUACCGCACCAACGUGGCCUCCCUCUACCCGGAGCCCCAGGACAAGGAAGCCUUCCUCCGCACCCUCCUAUACAGCCCCGCCUACGACUCCUUGGAUCUGGACAGCUACAGGUGGCCCGCGGAGGCCAUGGAGACCCAGCACGUCUGAGCCGUUCCCCCCUCCCCGGCUUCCCUUUCACGCCCCCCCCCCCGGAUAAAGGGUUAAUAAUAAUCAUUAAUCAUAAUGA